CUUGUCUUUUAUAUAUUCUACAAUAUAUUAUUGCCAAAAAUUUCAAUGAAGUUGCAGCUGGUCUACUCACUCACCAUUUUCUUGCUUGCUUUUGUAGCAAGUAGUCAUGCAGCUAUAUCUCCGGAUGUUUAUUGGAAAACAAAAUUGCCUAAUACUCAAAUUCCGAAAGUGAUCAAAGAUUUACUCCCCCAUUCAGAGGAUGACUUUCUUGACACAAAGAAGCAGGUAUACUAUGGUUUACACCAACAUGGAGCCUGGAUUUUCCAUGCUGCUACCGAGGAUGAGAUUCGUGAGAUUACAAAUGAAAAACCUGCCCAAAACGAUCUUCAACAUAAUUUCCUUUACAAACCUUACUUCUUCGAAAAAGAAUUAGAGAAAAGAAAAGUUAUCAAUUUUCCCUCUCUAAAGAAUAAAAACGACGCACCAUUUUGGCCUCGCCAAUUUGUGGAAUCCAUUCCCUUCUCAUCAGCAAAAAUCCCACAAAUUCUGAACCAUUUCUCAAUAGAUAGCAACUCAAAAGAUGCUAAAACGAUUGAGGAAACAGUCAAAGUUUGUGAACAACCUGCGAUGAAAGGAGAGAAGAGAAAGUGUGCAACUUCUUUGGAGUCUAUGGUUGAUUUCGGCAUAUUCAUGCUUGGAACAAACAAUGUUAAGGUAAUUACAACAGAGGUCCAAGGGGAAAAUCAAAUGGUACAAAAGUACACCCUUAAGGAAGUUGAAUUGCUAGCUGAUGGAGUUAACAUGAUAUGCCACAAACUCAAUUACGCGUAUGCUGUGCAUUUUUGCCAUGGCGGAGGAGGUACAAAGACAUAUAUGGUAUCUAUGAUUGGUGCUGAUGGAACAAAGGUUAAAGCAGUAUCAAUAUGUCACAAAGAUACAUCUCUUUGGAAUCCGAAAGGAUUGCCUUUUGUUGUGCUUGAUGCUAAGCCUGGAACACCCUCUAUUUGUCAUUUUCUUCAAGAUGAUCAAAUCGUUUUUCUCCCUUAAAAAUUAUUAAGUCAGAAUGUAUAUCACUUGAAUCAUAAUCAAGAGAUGAUAUGUGUGUUCAAUAAAUACAUGAUUUACUUCA